AUGCGUGCGCCUCGACGAGCGCUGCGUCCUCCAAGUCCAGCGCCAGCCAGCGACUCGAACUGCACCAGUCCGCAGUAUCAGGCCGUGUCCACGCCUACACGCACGAGCGCUCAAGAGUUCGAUCUGUUAGUGGACGAAGUAGCUCGUAGUCGCAGCCACUCGCACGCUCUAUCGGCGAUAUUAGGGGCUAAUGGUCGAGUCUCGGCGUCAGCGUCCACGUCCAUGGACUGGAGAACGUCCAGUCAAGCUCUACUCCAACUGGCAAACUCCUCGACACAAAUACAACGCGAACAGGUCGCAGAGAACGAGGAAAAGACGGAAUUACCCGUUCGACUGGUCAAUUGGAGACGACAACGACGUCGUUGGAAGAAAAUCCUCUUCUGGGCAGGGGCGGUGGUGGUUUUCAUUGGCUUUUUUGCAUUAAGUUUCGCAGCUCCGAAGCACGUGGAGACAUUGGCACCAAUUGUAUUGGGGGCAGGACUGAGUCUGGUGUCGACGCUAUUGGUGCUCGUGUCGUUUCUAAGGAGACGGAGGCUGAGACGGAGACCCAAUGAACUGCUGGCUUUUGUAGCGUUGAGUGAGUUCGGACUGGCGUUGCUGACGCUGGUGCACGUACUCACGCUGUGUAGUGCAGAGGACGGGGGUUGUCGUCCGAUGGGGUUGACUAUGUGCAGUGUAUCAGCGAGUCUGGAGAUGUUCAUGUUGUUGGCAGGGGUUGGCUGGUUUGGAGCUGCAAUUUUACAUCUCUUCGUAUCAGUAUCGAACCCUUUUGCAAGCUACAAGCGGCAAUUGGUGCUCUACCACAUCGUAGUCUGGGGCCUUUCGCUGGUUGCGAGUGUUGCAACACCAUUGAUUCUUUUCUCAAGCCACUCGCAGGAUAAAUUUCCACUCUCAGACGCUCAAGUUUGUCGGAUGGUGGCGUUGAUCCUGCCGCUGUUACCUUCCGACGCUGGAGAGUCUAUAUCCAAUAGAACACGCAGAUUGGCGCAAUGGCAGGAGCUCAACUUGGAGUUUUGGGGGUUAUUAGUCGCUAUCGUGGUGCUGGUAGUGGUUGCUGCUCAACUGAGUCUCGUGGUUGGCUGGUGGAGGUCAAACAGCGGCACUAUUAUCGCUCUUAAAGCUCGUCGCCGCCUUAUGAAGCGUAUGGCCAUCUACGUCCAUGCACUGAACGCAAUGUGGCUCGUAUUAUUAGUGGUUUUCUUCAUCUAUCGAUCCAAUGCGAGCGCUCUCGACUACAUUCAAGUGGAAGGCGCUGGGCCGACUGGAGGAAUGAAUUUCUUGAACGCUUUCUUCCACUUUGUGCUCACGGGUAAAGGCUUCGUGACUGGAAUGGUGUGGCUUAGUGUGAACAAGCCUUGCUGUGCUUUGGGUCUACUGUUUUGUGGCUUGCAUCAAUGCAAAGACAGCGAUGAUAGUCCGUCAUUAGGACAAUCAGCUUCAAAUUCGUCCCAGUCAGCGUCGAUAUCGAGGUCGUCUAACCGAGAUAUUGGGGUUCAAAGAGCGAACCAAGCAGCGAUACUCUCCGAAACAGUCAUGUCUAUGGAGGCAGGUGUAUUGGCUCCACAUGAGACGCCGAUGUUGUCUCCGUCAUCGACUGUAUCGAACUUCGAGGCGCACGAAAGUGUGCGAGAAAGCAGUGCGUUAAGACCACAAGAACAACACUCGUUACCAACACUCUCGUCAGUGUUAGAACCUGCAGCUACAGCUAGAUCGAGUCGUUCAUCUUCUUCCUCGUACGAAGCGUCCACAGUGGAGUCGUACGAGGCCUCGCAGAACAACGAAACUUUGCAGCGCGAGAUUAUUUAUUACACAGUGUGUGGCAUCACUAAGGCCAUCAUCCGGUCGGCUGAACGUGCACGAUCGUCCAGUGUUAACACCGAAUCGGGUGCAGUAGCAGGAGAAGAGAACGCGCCUAAUUCACGAGAUCGAGACGGUGGAUUGGUGGAAACGACGCUGUUUGUAGGCGCCGAGAGGGACUCGACACUCGUCAACAGCUCGUUCAUCUCACACGUGCAGAGCGUGACGAUCCUCUCGUCGCCUCGAGCUUAUUGUGAGCCGCGAGUAUCACUUCCCGUCUCUACUCUGCGCCGUUCACUAGCUGCGUUUGAAGAGGAGAGAGUGUACGUUCCUCGUCCGACUUCAUUCACUGCAGCAUCAACGUUGGAGUAUUCGAGUAUCUGGCGCCAACCUCAUCUUCACCACAGUCGCAGUCAAGAACAUCCGAGUCCUCAAAGCGGUAGACUCAGUCUCACAGCCAGCAACGUCAUGUUCCGCACGUUCCAGCAAACACCGGGGAGGUUUUCACUCUACCCAGUCUCUCAAGUGCCUUUCGAGUUGUUCGAGCAGGAGAUUGAGCUGCAAAGUACCAGAUCUUCAGUCGACGAGCCAAUUGAAGGACGAUCCACACGUUCAGCCGUGUUUGCAGGCUUACGUCGCACUGCCACGUCAGCUUUCAGUCAAGGGAGAGGUGUAUUCCGUAGUCGAAGCGGAAGCACUGAACCUGCAGAUUCCUCGAGGAACACAAUGACUCGUGAAUUUCUACCGGAUGAUCCAAAACCCAAGGUGUUUGUGGACUAUGCUCCACGUGAGUUUCGAGCCAUUAGACUGGCGUUUGGACUCUCAGAUGAAAAGUAUUUGGCGAGCUUCCGUACCACAGCAAAGGAGCGAGUAAGUGCGGGAUCAAGUGGAGCAUUCAUGUUCUUCUCGGGAGAUAAUUCGCUGCUAGUGAAGAGUCUGAAGGAGAAAGAGUGUCGCGCUCUAGUGGAGAUGGCCCCAGCAUACGCUCAAUACCUCACAGCGAACCCUCACUCACGUUUGAUCCGGUUCUUUGGCUGCCAUCGCGUUCGUCUUUAUGGUCGCAAUUUCUACUUUGCAGUCAUGUCGAAUGUCUUGCAUAGCGAGCGCCACACUGCUACGAUCACAGAGAAAUACGACGUCAAAGGUUCAUGGGUGGACCGUCGUGCACGUAGACCGCAACGUGGUGAUCGCGUCACUUGUGCAGAGUGUGACGCGACGUACAUUUUCGACGAAGGAGAGUCACCCCUGGAUACCGACGUGGAUCGCGUGUCCACAGAUGACCACACUGUACCGCAGUUUCCUUUUCAUGUUCACCGUCCCGACAUUGUGUUCAAAGACUUGGAUCUGGAACGCUCGCUGCAAUUACCUCGCCACAUUGCUGUUCAUUUACACGCUCAGAUCGUCUCAGAUUGCGAGUUUCUACGAGAUAUUGGCAUUAUGGACUACUCGUUGCUUAUUGGCAUCCACAAGUGCCACUUUCGAGCUCCUCGUCCGGGUAACGUGACAGGAAUCGGUUCAUCAACAGACUUCGAUGAAGUAUUCAACCGUGAACUGAAUAGCGGCGUGAACCUUGCUCCUCUUGGAGAUAAUGAGGUGUACUUCGUGGGUAUUAUCGACAUUCUCCAGCAAUGGGACUGGGAAAAGCAGUUUGAGAAGGCUGGUAAAGUGUUACUGGGCAAGUCUGCUCGUGGGAUCUCGGCUGUUGCGCCUACUACUUACUGUCGUCGAUUCCAGGCACGUUGCGCUCAGAUUUUACUUGGUGGCCCAGCCCCUGAAAAUCUGGAUCUGGACUGUGAAAAUGAUGGGAACGCUGCGAAUGUUAAAGAGACCAAGUCUCGCCCAAACUCGAAGAAUAUCAAGGAGAUGGCGAUGACCAACCUUAUCAACGACAAAGCGUAAUUGCUUACUGGGAACGAAGUAGGCUGACCAGGGUUUCCUUACUCUAGUAGUAGGUGUUUGUUUUUAUUUGAAUGUGUUUCUUUCUUUAAGCUGCAGGAUUGAAUCGUUUAUAAACAUUUUAACCACGUAAAAACACUGAUAAGAUCCACAUUCAAAUAGAUUCAAGUACAUGUGCA